AUGUCCAAGCUUCCUUUAAGUGUGCGUGUCACAGACACCGUGCACCGUGUAUUCGUGAUGGGCCUUUUUGGCAUCACUGCGGUCGGUACCGGCAGUAUUUUAUUCAACAUCUACGCCAACUCGGACUUUGGCGGCAUGAACAAGAACAAGUUGAAGUUCAACAGAGAGGAGUUUGAUGAGCUGCGUUCUCAGGCCACUGAUGACAAGCAAGGUGCGAAAAUCGCUGCUCAGAUCUCCAACGAAGAACUACUCAAUUCCUCAACACAACCACAUUACAUCCCUCCAAUGAGUCAGCGCAAGAUUGAUAUUCUGCAGCUCGAGCCCCAACAGAUUCUUGAAAUCAGGAAAUCCACUGAGCAAGAAAUACAACAUUUCACCCAGUCUCUCCAGGCUCUUCAAACAGCCCAGUCAAAACUUCAAGACUGUGUGAACACGAUAGACAACAUGGGGGCUUCUGAAGGUGGUGACUUGCUCGUUCCAAUGACCGCCCUGUUGUAUUUGCCAGGUAAGGUGGCUCAGAAGGACCGCUUCAUGGUUGAUAUUGGCACAGGCUACUUCGUGGAGAAGGAUGCAGACAGCGCAAGGAAAGUUUACAAGAAGAAGCUCACCAAGUUGGGCGAAGACUCGAAAAAGUUGAAGGAGAUCUUGGUACAGAAGAACGAGAUUAUGAAUAACCUUACAUUGGUGUUGCGCAAGAAGGCCAUGGACCAACAACAGGCAGCUCAGAGCUGA